CUGAUGGUAAAACCUGUGAAAUCAAAACACUCUUUUCCUCAGAGACAUAUCAAAUAAAAGUGUGAAGCUAAAUUACCUUGACACGUAAAUUAAAGGCAUAGUUUAGCUCAUAGCGGCUGUCGCGUUCUUAGAUAGUAGUUCUUAAUAUGCCUGUUGUGUUCUCAGGGGCAGUUAACGUUAUUUCAUGUUGACUUUCUCAUGUACGCCACAGAGUCUGGCAAGGUUGCGGUAACACCGAAGAGUGGGACCGCUUCUAUCUAUUCGUCUCUAGCGUGGGGAAGACUAUGAGCAAAGAGUCCAGAAUGAGAGCAACGGUGAACCAGAAGCUGACAGAGAUGGGGGAACGAGAGAGACUGAAGGAGUUACUGAGGGCUAAGCUCACUGAGUGUGGCUGGAAGGACCAGAUGAAAGCUCACUGCAAAGAAGUGAUCAAAGACAAAGGCUUGGAGCAUGUCACUGUGGAGGACCUGGUGGUAGAGAUCACUCCUAAAGGAAGAGCUUUGGUGCCGGACAGCGUCAAGAAAGAGCUUCUCCACAGAAUAAGAGCCUUCUUAGCUCAGCAUGCCACAUAAUUAUGAUUUUUAACAUUUCAACUGGCCUAUACCUUCAUGAUAUAGAAUAUGUUUAUUUAAAUUAUUUACAUUAAUGUUUUUUUCUCAUUAUCUUGAAUUUUCAGAGACACACUGACACACACUUCUGUUUUUUUUUUUCCUUUUACUAAUUCUGUGACUAGUUAUCACAUAUUUGUUAAUGCACUUACCUCGCACAUUUAGUUGCCCUUUGUAUAAGAAAUGUACUCUAUAAAUAAUGUUUUGGAUUCAUUAAACAACAAUCAUUUAAAAUAUAAUAAUAAAUCAAUAUAUAAUAAUGUUAUAUUUGAAUUUAGGCUUUCCUGAAUUCAUUUUCUUCAUUAAAACAUUUGUAGCAAUUCUUGGGGCAUGUUGUUGAAUUUAUAAGGUAGUAUUGGGUGGAUACAAAGUUGCUGAUUGCAUUUUGUACGAUUAUGAUGAAACCCAUGAAGUAAAUGCUUAAAAACAUGAUUAAUACCACACUUUAAAACUUGGUCAUCAUGGUGUCAGGGUUCAUGUUAUCACCAUUUGCUCACAUAACACAGGAAAGUAAUUCGACAGUGUAUGAAGUUAAUUUCAAGGUGAAAGUUAGAUUACCACUGCUAGAGCCCAUGAAUAAAGCCUCAUUCAUUGUCUGUAUUCACAAUACAUAAAGUCACUGAAACCUUCAGUUUAAAGUCAUUCACACAUAAUUAAGACACGAGCAAAAAAGUGAGAAUGACAUCGUUUUAGUUCCCGUUGAUAUUCUCUCUCCGGCUGCACUGUAGACAGUCGUGCAAUGCAGCAAUGAAAUUCUUCCCGGGGCAUGUUAUCGAAUGGUGCAAGUCCUCUUUCCCUCAGUGCUGUGCAUCCAAAUGAGGAGUUGUAUGUGCGGUGUGUUAUUGCAGAUAUCAAAGCAGCAUCCAGCUUUACACCAGGUCCAUCAAAGAUGAAAGGAGAACACAAAUAUGAAAGGAAAAAACAGUUAUUCACCAUGAAUCACACCCAACUGGUGCUGUGAAUUAACAUUUCCCUUUGAUUAAACAAACUUAAAUCCAAAAAGAACCAUGAUUCUGUAACGACAAGCCGGUUGCUGCUUUCACAUCCCAGAAUUAACACAAGGUUCCCAACAGAGUGGGGAGAGGGCGGUGGCACGAAAGACAUCAUGAACAGAUAAACAGGAGUGACCCUGUUCACAGGGAGAGGUGAUGGCUGCACCAAGGGACAAAUAGCCCUCCCCGAAUACGGUUGUCAAAUUGAUUCAAGGUCCUUCGUGCGAAGUGUAUGAAAUGAACAAGUGCACUUAAGUGUCCCAGUGAGAGUCACGAGGCUGAGUGCAAACAACACAAGUUACUCACCCCAUGGUGAGGUAGAGAAAGCCAGGCCAUGAGCUCUCCACAAUGCCCUGAUUGUCGAAAUAAAACGUGUUGUUUUUUUUGUUUUAAUGUUGUCGUGCAACUUCACAGCCUCCCCAUCGACUCAUAAAAACAGAACUGUUACAGGAAUCUUUGGUCCUGAAGCCGUCUUUGUUUCCCUUUUUUUUUCCUCCGUCCACAUGCUGAACCACAUCAUUUUGUUUUGUUGAAGGGGUCUCUAUAGUUACACACGCACAAAGCCUAACCGGUUAUGGAUCACAUUUGGAGAGGCCGUGAACCCAAAACGACGCACCGCUCGGCACGAGUAGCACAUUAGUGGGUAGUGAGUGAGUCCGAGCCGGUCACCCACCCAAGACAGAGCGAGUGUUUUCUUAGCCAAAGGACCUGCUGUGACAUCAGCCCAGGUGACAACAUGCUGAUAUACAGUGCUGUUGUGGGGGCCAAAUGUAACGCACCCCUCCAGGCCAGCAUACGCUCCUUUAAUGGCCUACAAUCAAUCCCCAUGUUAUCAGCAGAUCUCCCCCCCCACCCCGGCACCCGCAUAUAAAGGGGGUUCUGCGCACUGUAGAGCGGCACUGGAUAGAAUUACCAGUGAUGCAAUUUAUUAUCAUACAGAUUUUUAUUUACUUUCUCACUCUCUGCUCUCAGCUUUUCUCCAUCACUCAGGACCUACACAGCUCUGCCAAGGAGCUGUACAGUAUCCAGAUGACUCUGCACAUCAUUAAAAAAAAAAAAAAACUUGAAAAGUAGAGUUGUCCAAAUAAAAGGAAAACAUGAUUUAAAAAAAAAAAAAAUUCUCCUAUUCAUUGGCUCAGUGUUGUGCAUCUUUGAUGUGGCCGGCAGAGAUUUGAUUAAGACCCGUUCUGGCGAUCACAGCAGCAGCUGAUAGCGAGGAAGCACACACUUUGUAGCAUCCUGUGAGGCAGCCUCUGAAUGAACCACCAUAAGUCAAGCAACAACAAAGGCCAAGAGCGCUCCUUAUUCCACCAAAGUCAAUAUCAAGCUGUGUCUGAGCAGCCCUUGAUGACAUUUAAAAGGAAAAGUCAAACAUGUUGUGCGUGUCUCCAAGUGCUUUUUGUGUGCGAGUAGGUAAGUGUGCGCGGAUAUAUUCACCACCCCUGGAAUCGGAUCAUUUCAUCAUGAUAGCAGCUGUGUCAAUAGGCGAUGGAGCCAAAAGCGUGGUCCUGUGUGCUGAGUCCCAUAGGUGCUCUGAGGUCCUCUCUCUAGUGGAAUUGGCAACAUCCAAAGACCAUAAACACCUCCCUUACUGUACAAACAACUGAAGAAAAGGCAGCGCUGGGUGGAAACAGAUGGCAGGGACAUGUUCAUAUUAUAUACAAAUGUUGGGAAAUGAUGUUAUAGUACAUUGCCUUCUUUGGGAUAACAGUGCACCUGCUUCAGAUGGUAAUGGUUUAAGAAGUCUCCAUGAAAUACUGUAUCUCAUGUCUUGGUCAUGUAACACCGACGGAUAAAUCUCCCCAUGUUUACAACAGCAUAUUGGACGUUUCUAAUUUAUAGGACACUGCUAUAGGCUUUUGUGUCUCAUAUAAAUUUUCCUAUCUUUUUUUCAUAAUGGAAAGGGCAAACACAUUGCAAAAGCAGACAAAGGGUCAAAGUAGGUGUUUCAAAGCAAAAGGAGAGGACAUGUGCUCCUACAAAUUCCCAAGACCCGGUGUGCAGUUGGCCCUCUUUACUGUCAACAUGUGUGAACGCCAUGCUCGAUAAAUUUCUCUUUGAAUUCCCUCACUAGAAUUUAUGAGACGUGCAACAUGGGGUUGCAACUCUUUUGAAGCCUACACACUUGCAGCACUCUGUGCCGUGUACAUUCUCAUUUUAAGGAGAAAGGAUAAAGACGAAAUAGGGAGAAGUUGGCGUGUAGCAUCCUGCAGUGUAAAGAGUUUUAAAUGCAUUCACGCUCCGUUGUGUCUCCUGGGAUCUGUUUUCUACACACUAAUGAGGCUGAAGAGCAAGUUUCACUCUGUUAUUCCUGGCAUCGAUGGACCAGUCGCAGGCAUACUGCUCACACUCUCUCUUUUUUUUUUCCCUCUCAGUAGCCCAGCGCAAAUAAUAAAUAAGAGGAAAUACAUCAUCCCUUUUUCAAUCCGAGAGCCAGGAGCGGGCCUGCCAAAGUUAACACAAAGCAAUCUUAGGUAAUGAUCAGCAAAUGUGUAUAAAGUUUCAUAGAGCAUGACUUCACAUAAUUCUUGUUUAGAUCAUGUUAGCUGGCUCAAUCUCAACUGUGGAGCUGCUGCAAUAGAAACCAUACAUUGAUACACAC